CCAUGGGUCGAGUAGCAUCAAGUGUUACCUUCACUGCUUCAUGCAGCGCUAAGGGCCUGGGAAUGAAAUCGGGGAAGGUCGGAGUGGAGUCUUCCUUCGUCGUAGAAACGAAAGACCGCUUCGGAAAUAUAUCAGUUGAAGGCGAUCAUACAUGCCCCGUUCAAGUGAAAGUCCAAGCGCCAGAGGGGUUCUUUCUCGGCAACAAGGUCACCAACAACAGCGAUGGUAGCAUGAGAGUGCGUUACACUCCCGUCACGCAUGGCAGGCACAUUCUGCACGUGGCCGUCAGAGGGCGCGAGAUUGAAGGAAGUCCCUUUAGCGUCAACGUGGUUGAAGGAAUUGAUUAUACAAAGGUCGGACCGACUUUCAUGAAGAUUGGUUCUCAAGGUACAAAAGCCGGCGAAUUCAAGCAGCCUUGCUCCGUAAUUACUGACAAGGAAGGAAAUAUCUACGUCACAGAUUUUGUGAACUGUCGAGUACAAAAGUUUGACGCGCUUGGAAAACAUCUUCAAGAUUUCGGAUCACGUGGAAGCAAGGAUGGCCAGUUUCAGAAUCCGUGUGGUAUUUUGGUGGACGCCAAUGGUAUAAUUAUUGUGUCAGACUGGGAUAACCAUCGAGUGCAGCUGUUCAGCCCCGAGGGAAAAUUUAUUGGCAAGUUUGGAGCCAAAGGAUCCGAAGAAGGGAAACUAAAUCAUCCCGCUGGCUUGGCCUUGACUAAAGAUGGCAACUUACUUGUCGCUGAUAAAGACAACCACAGAGUACAACUUUUUAAGAUGGAUGGUACGCAUAUCAUGACGUUUGGUUCCCAAGGCAGUGAGGACGGCGAACUCAACAGUCCCAACCACGUAGCCACCACUGAGGACAACGGUUGCCUAGUAACCGACACUGAAAAUAACCGCAUCGUGAAGUUUGACUGCAGUGGCAAGUUCGAAUCAAGUUUUGGCGAAAAAGGCAGUGGCAACGGGCAGCUUGAUCGUCCCGCGGGAAUUGCUGUGGAUCCCGAGGGCUUUAUCAUCGUUGGUGACUUCCAGAACCACAGAGUUCAGAUUUUUCAGCCUGAUGGGAAAUUUUACGCAACGUUUGGCAGCGAAGGCGACGCAGAAGGAGAGUUUAAGUUUCCUGGGGGUGUUGCUUUGACAAAGGACGGCCGAGUCAUAGUGGCAGAUAGGCAUAACCACAGAGUCCAGGUCUUCUAAAAUUUUAAUAAGAAGUGUUGCUUGUUCGUAGAAUAAUCCCAGUUAACUUGGAUUAGACUCCUUACGCGCCCAAACAGCAAACUCGGGUAGAUUGGGCAUAGCCUAGAGCGGAAGAAUAUUUUGGAUACCAAAAUGCGUCUGUUACAAUUUACGUUCUUUCUAAUCAAAAUGCUGUAAACACUGUAGUGUUUCCAGUUUUAUUUCGAAAUAAGCUUUAUUUACAGCAUUAAUAUUCUGUAGUAAAAGCUAUGAUUAAAAAAAAAUGCAACACCCGUGACUUAUUCAAUUUUCUGAUUCUGUAGCUAUAACCAAUCAGAAAGGAGACCUUGUCAUCUCGACUAAACAGCUCAAUAACCAAAACAUCUCUCGAUCAACCGCUGCGGUUACAAACAACGUAAGAAACCAAUCAGAACACAAAAUAUCGCUAGCAAAAAAGAAGUUAUCUUAGUCUUCUUAUAACUUGCUUGGAAUAGCAAAACAACCUUUUGCUGUUCUUGGUUAGAUCUAUUGCACGACUUUCCUUAAAGCCAAAACAAGCGGGUACGUACUUCCUUAUAUUGUUCACCUGAAAAGUAUAAGUAUACUACUGAAGUACUGAAUUACUAUGUAGAUGAAAAUCAUGGACACUAACUAACAAGACUACUUAUUUUAAGUGUUAAUAAUCGUAUAUGUAGAUAAUCCUAACAAAAGCUUUGUAUGUUGGCAUUGUUUGUUAAUAUUUGAAAUGAUAUAAUUCAAAAUCUGUACAUGUAAAGGAUGAAAACAAUAAAAGCUUUGUCCAAGGCGAGGAAAACUAAUGCAGCGAUCGAUGAAUUGCCACAGUGAAUUGAUUUAAGUCGAUGUACAACACUAGACUAACAUUAGAUGACUUGCUUAAAAGCUUAGCUUGCUUAAAACGCUGCUUUAUCUAUAUAAUUAUCAAGUCUGCCAAAAGAGGGAGCUCAUCUUCAUUUAACUCUUUCAAUAUUUAGCUAGUUCAACAAGCAAUAUAAAUAAACCUGUUAGCUGGGAAUGACAAUGAUAAAGACGCCACAACAAUAUACACUGUAGUUACCUUAACGACUCUCUUAGCUGCUAAACAGAUCUGGUGAGGAAAUGAUUUGAUUCUCAAUUUUAGCCUUUUAAUUUCCUCUGCGAAAUCGAAUUUUGAACAACUUUUAAGAAACGUGAGAGUCACUCCUGGAGAU